CAGAGAAUCAUUGACUCAUACAUUGCAAGUUUCCGUGCUUAAUGAAGUUUGGGGCACACAUAUUACUUGUGUUUGUGAGAUCGCCGCAUCGCGCACCCCAAGUUUGUCGCUCCCGUACGGAAAGCAGGGCCGAGCGGGGGUGGGGAGGGUCUCCAGUCCCAGGCGCGGCUGCACUCGGGGCUUCUGCCCAGUUUCCUGCCUCGGAGUUGUCGUGUCCGCCCCAGCUCAGAGCAGUUUGUGCAAUUUAGAAACCCGAUAGGAGGCAGCAGCUGAUCUCCCACCACCCUAAAAAUAAUCCGCUCCGUCGCCUUGCGUGCUUCGCCUAGGGGAGGAAAACUGCCUUCGGAGUAAGAGUUCUGCGUCUGGGUUUGAAAUUUACACUUAAAACAGUGUAGGAAGCCGGUGUUUUGAAGGUAGUGCAAGUGCACGAGUAGGGGUUUGAAGCAGCAUCAAGCGACCGCCCAAGGAAAAAAUAUUGUUUGUGACCAUUGCUAAAUCAUUUCUCAAUGAAUGGGAAGAGAGAAAAGAGUAAACCAUAUAAGAAGAAAUGAGCCUUUCAUUCUGUGGUAACAACAUUUCUUCAUAUAAUAUCUGUCAUGGUGUAUUACAAAAUCCCUGCUUUGUGGAUGCCCUCAACCUGGUCCCUCAUGUCUUCCUGUUGUUUAUCACUUUUCCAAUAUUGUUUAUUGGGUGGGGAAGUCAAAGUUCGAAAGUACAAAUUCAUCACAACACAUGGCUUCAUUUUCCUGGACAUAACCUGAGAUGGAUUCUUACAUUUGCUCUUCUCUUUGUGCAUGUUUGUGAAAUAGCAGAAGGCAUUGUUUCUGAUUCACGGCGGGAAUCACGGCAUCUCCACCUCUUCAUGCCAGCUGUGAUGGGAUUUGUCGCCACUACAACAUCAAUAGUAUAUUAUCAUAAUAUUGAAACAUCAAAUUUUCCUAAAUUGCUUUUAGCCCUAUUUCUGUAUUGGGUAAUGGCCUUUAUUACAAAAACCAUAAAAUUAGUCAAGUACUGGCAGUCUGGUUGGGGAGUAUCAGACUUGCGUUUCUGCAUCACUGGGAUGAUGGUCAUCUUGAAUGGACUCCUGAUGGCUGUGGAGAUCAAUGUAAUUCGGGUCAGAAGAUAUGUAUUCUUCAUGAAUCCUCAGAAAGUAAAGCCUCCUGAAGACCUCCAAGAUCUGGGUGUGAGAUUUCUUCAACCGUUUGUGAAUUUAUUGUCAAAAGCAACAUACUGGUGGAUGAACACGCUUAUCAUAUCUGCUCAUAAAAAGCCUAUUGAUCUGAAGGCAAUUGGAAAAUUGCCAAUAGCAAUGAGGGCAGUAACAAAUUAUGUUUGCCUGAAAGAUGCAUAUGAAGAACAAAAGAAAAAAGUAGCAGAUCGUCCAAACCGGACUCCAUCUAUAUGGCUAGCAAUGUACAGAGCAUUUGGGCGACCAAUUCUGCUUAGUAGCACAUUCCGUUAUCUUGCAGAUUUACUGGGUUUUGCUGGACCUCUCUGUAUUUCUGGAAUAGUUCAGCGUGUGAAUGAAACCCAGAAUGGGACAAAUAACACAACAGGAAUUUCAGAAACCCUUUCAUCAAAGGAAUUUCUUGAAAAUGCUUAUGUACUAGCAGUUCUUCUUUUCUUGGCCCUUAUUCUGCAAAGGACAUUUUUGCAGGCUUCCUACUAUGUAACCAUAGAGACUGGCAUUAACCUCCGUGGAGCUCUGCUGGCCAUGAUAUACAAUAAAAUUCUUAGGCUGUCUACAUCUAAUUUAUCCAUGGGUGAGAUGACCCUGGGACAGAUCAAUAACUUGGUUGCCAUUGAAACCAAUCAACUCAUGUGGUUCUUGUUCCUGUGUCCCAAUCUAUGGGCAAUGCCUGUUCAGAUCAUAAUGGGAGUGAUUCUGCUCUAUAAUUUACUUGGAUCAAGCGCAUUGGUUGGGGCAGCUGUCAUUGUGCUUCUGGCACCCAUUCAGUACUUCAUCGCAACAAAAUUGGCAGAGGCUCAGAAGAGCACUCUUGAUUAUUCUACUGAGAGACUGAAGAAAACAAAUGAAAUAUUGAAAGGCAUCAAACUUCUAAAGUUGUAUGCCUGGGAGCACAUCUUUUGUAAAAGUGUAGAAGAAACAAGAAUGAAAGAACUAUCCAGUCUCAAAACCUUUGCACUUUAUACGUCACUCUCCAUCUUCAUGAACGCAGCAAUCCCCAUAGCAGCUGUUCUUGCUACAUUUGUUACCCACGCGUAUGCUAGCGGGAACAAUCUAAAACCUGCAGAGGCCUUUGCUUCACUGUCUCUCUUUCAUAUCCUGGUCACCCCACUGUUCCUGCUCUCUACAGUGGUCAGAUUUGCAGUCAAAGCCAUCAUAAGUGUUCAAAAGCUGAAUGAGUUUCUCUUGAGUGAUGAGAUUGGUGAGGAUAGCUGGCGAACUGGUGAAGGUUCUCUCCCUUUUGAGUCCUGUAAGAAACACACUGCAGUGCAGCCGAAAACUAUAAACAGGAAGCAGCCUGGAAGAUAUCACCUGGACAGCUAUGAGCAAUCAACAAGGCGCCUACGUCCUGUAGAGACAGAGGACAUUGCAAUAAAGGUCACAAAUGGCUACUUUUCAUGGGGCAGUGGUUUAGCUACAUUAUCCAAUAUAGAUAUUCGAAUUCCAACAGGUCAGUUGACCAUGAUUGUGGGCCAAGUGGGCUGUGGGAAGUCCUCUCUUCUCCUUGCUAUCCUUGGUGAGAUGCAGACACUGGAAGGCAAAGUUCACUGGAGCAAUGUAAAUGAAUCUGAACCUUCUUUUGAAGCAACCAGAAGUAGGAACAGGUAUUCUGUGGCUUACGCAGCUCAAAAACCUUGGCUAUUAAAUGCUACAGUAGAAGAAAAUAUUACUUUUGGAAGUCCUUUCAACAAACAGAGGUACAAAGCAGUUACGGAUGCCUGUUCUCUUCAGCCAGAUAUUGACUUACUACCUUUUGGAGACCAAACUGAAAUUGGAGAGAGGGGCAUCAACCUGAGUGGGGGUCAGAGGCAAAGAAUCUGUGUGGCACGAGCUCUCUAUCAAAAUACCAACAUUGUCUUUUUGGAUGAUCCAUUCUCUGCCCUGGACAUUCACUUGAGUGAUCACUUAAUGCAGGAAGGGAUUUUGAAAUUUCUCCAAGAUGACAAAAGGACACUUGUUCUUGUAACUCACAAAUUACAGUAUCUAACACAUGCUGACUGGAUCAUAGCCAUGAAGGAUGGAAGUGUACUAAGAGAAGGGACUUUGAAGGACAUUCAAACCAAAGAUGUUGAGCUUUAUGAACACUGGAAAACACUUAUGAAUCGGCAAGAUCAAGAAUUAGAAAAGGAUAUGGAAGCGGACCAAACAACAUUAGAGAGGAAAACCCUCCGAAGAGCCAUGUAUUCGAGAGAGGCCAAAGCCCAAAUGGAGGAUGAAGAUGAAGAGGAAGAAGAGGAGGAAGAUGAGGAUGAUAAUAUGUCCACUGUAAUGAGGCUCAGGACUAAAAUGCCGUGGAAAACCUGCUGGCGGUACCUUACUUCUGGAGGAUUCUUCUUGCUCUUCCUGAUGAUUUUUUCUAAGCUUUUGAAACAUUCAGUCAUUGUGGCUAUAGACUACUGGCUGGCCACAUGGACUUCAGAGUACAGUAUAAAUAAUACUGGAAAAGCUGAUCAGACCUACUAUGUGGCCGGAUUUAGCAUACUUUGCGGAGCAGGUAUUUUCCUCUGCCUUGUGACAUCUCUCACUGUAGAAUGGAUGGGUCUCACAGCUGCCAAAAAUCUUCACCACAAUCUCCUCAAUAAGAUAAUUCUUGGACCAAUAAGAUUCUUUGAUACCACCCCCCUGGGACUGAUUCUCAAUCGCUUCUCAGCUGAUACAAAUAUCAUCGAUCAGCACAUCCCUCCAACUUUGGAAUCUCUAACUCGCUCAACACUGCUCUGCCUGUCUGCCAUUGGCAUGAUUUCUUAUGCUACCCCUGUGUUCCUGGUUGCUCUUGUGCCUCUUGGGGUCGCCUUUUAUUUUAUCCAGAAAUACUUUCGAGUGGCCUCCAAGGACCUCCAGGAACUUGAUGACAGUACCCAGCUCCCUCUGCUUUGCCACUUCUCAGAAACAGCUGAAGGACUCACCACCAUUCGGGCAUUUAGGCACGAAACCAGAUUUAAGCAACGUAUGCUGGAACUGACGGACACAAACAACAUUGCCUACUUAUUUCUCUCAGCAGCCAACAGAUGGCUAGAGGUCAGAACGGAUUAUUUGGGAGCUUGCAUUGUCCUCACUGCUUCCAUUGCAUCCAUCAGCGGGUCUUCCAAUUCUGGAUUGGUGGGCUUGGGUCUUCUGUAUGCACUUACGAUAACCAAUUAUUUGAAUUGGGUUGUGAGGAACUUGGCUGACCUGGAGGUCCAAAUGGGGGCAGUGAAGAAAGUGAACAGUUUCUUAACUAUGGAGUCUGAGAACUAUGAAGGCACCAUGGACCCUUCUCAAGUUCCAGAACAUUGGCCACAGGAAGGGGAGAUCAAGAUUCAUGAUCUGUGUGUCAGAUACGAAAAUAAUCUGAAACCUGUUCUUAAACACGUCAAGGCUUACAUCAAACCUGGGCAAAAGGUGGGCAUAUGUGGCCGAACUGGCAGUGGGAAAUCAUCAUUAUCUCUGGCUUUCUUCAGAAUGGUUGAUAUAUUUGAUGGAAAGAUUGUCAUUGAUGGGAUAGACAUUUCAAAACUACCACUGCACACACUACGUUCUAGACUUUCAAUCAUUUUGCAGGAUCCAAUACUAUUCAGUGGUUCUAUUAGAUUUAAUUUAGAUCCAGAGUGUAAAUGCACAGAUGACAGACUCUGGGAAGCUCUAGAAAUUGCUCAGCUGAAGAAUAUGGUCAAAUCCCUGCCAGGAGGUCUAGAUGCAGUUGUCACUGAAGGUGGGGAGAACUUUAGCGUUGGACAGAGACAGCUGUUUUGCCUUGCCAGGGCCUUUGUCCGCAAAAGCAGCAUUCUCAUCAUGGACGAAGCAACAGCUUCCAUUGACAUGGCCACAGAGAACAUUUUGCAGAAAGUGGUAAUGACGGCUUUUGCAGACCGCACUGUUGUUACAAUAGCUCAUCGGGUUCACACUAUUCUGACGGCAGACCUAGUUAUUGUGAUGAAGCGAGGAAAUAUUUUAGAAUAUGACACUCCAGAAAGCCUCUUGGCUAGAGAAGAUGGAGUUUUUGCUUCUUUUGUCCGUGCAGACAUGUGAAGGAUGUCUUGAAACAAUACAUGGAUUUAAAAUAAUGCAGUCAUAACCUACGUAAUGGAUCAUCAGCUUGACCUUCAUAAAGUGGCUUCUUAAAUUUUUACUCUUUCGUAAAGCUUAUUUGUUGUGUUGUGGGACUUUGUACUUAGUAAAAAUGUCACUUUACCAAUGACACUUUACUGUAUUUCCUAUAUGGAUACUUCCUUUUUGUUUUUCUUUCCUAGACUCUACUGCUUAAAUAGGUUCAUUACUGAUGUUUUUCUAAUGAUUAAGCCACUUUACCUUUAAGAAUAGCAGGUUGCAUUAAAACAUGUAAGCUACUUUAAGUGGUAAGUCAACAGCUAUAUUUUCUCAUAAUUUUAAGUCUGUUAAAUAGCUCUCAGGUAUAGAGGUUAUCAUGAGUAUUCAGUAUUGUUGUACUCUUAUUUGUAAGAAUAUAUUUUCCUUUUUGUUGGUGUCUCCAGUUGUUAUUGGAAGAGGAUUAAAAGAACAGGUUUCUAAUCAGUGAGAAAAUAAAACACUCAAAUUCAUUAUCUACUGAAUGUGAAUGUUCUGUGUUCAUUAAUAUUAGUAAUACUGAUGCAUCCUUAACCAGUUUUUUUUUCCCUCAUCUAAAUUGUUUUCUGUUACCAAGAAGUCACCACAUUUAUAGUAGCUUUGUAAAGCCAAAGCCUUAACUGGAAAGAUCAUAAAAAGAGUUUGGAUAUUUGAAAAAGUAUACUCAAGCUUCUGUUUUUCCCUGUCUAGUAAGGAGAGAGUUCUUAAGGUAUCAGGCAUAAUGUGUUUUUUCCAGACUAAAGUUCAAAGAAUAAAUAGAUUCAAUCCUUCAGUAGCAGACCAGCUAAUGCUCUCUGUGAUUUAACUCAUCAUUAGAUGUGUUUAUGAUUUCGAACCCUAAAAUUCCACAUUAUUCAAGAUUCAAAUUUAUAUUUGCCUAUAUAAGUAUAUAUAUAACAAGUGUCUAUUUCAAGAUGGAAGAGUAUACCUCUUUUUAUGCACAGUGGUGUCACACAUGUAUCCAUUUUGCUCUAAUUUUAACGUACAUGUAAAAAGGAAUCAAAAUGUUAUUUUAAUAUUAGUAUGUGUGUUAGGAGUGCAUCAAAAAUGUAUGGAAUAUUAAUGCUGUUUUGCUUAAAUAUAAAUUAACAAAUUUUAAAAUACCAAAUUUAUCUGCACUUGUCAUGCUAGCAGCCAAAGCAUUCUACUAUAAUUCUGUGCCCACCUUGUAUAAAUACCUUUGAUUCUCAUAUGAAGAUCCAUAUGCAUUGUUAGAUUUUGAAGAAUUAUGACUGAUGGAAAAAGAGAAUUUAUGCUUCCUCCAUAUAGUUCUUGUGUUCUGUUUAUUAUAUUAUGUACUCACUCUUGGGAAAUAUGUAAUACUUAUUUAUCCAAAAUAUAUGACUGGGCCUUUACCUGAA